GGAUUCGGAUUCUCGGAUUCUCGGUUUCUCGGCUUCACGCUUCCUCGGAUUCUCGGUUUCUCGGAUACUUGGAUAGUCCGAUAGUGGGAUAUUCUCGCCAGACUCGGCUUCUCUGCGAGAUUCUCCAUUCUCCUCCCUGGCCAGACGGGCGAUUCUUGGGCCCGACCGAUUUGGGUUCGGAUCGAAAGCGGCGUUCGCUGCUGCAGCGCUGCCGGCGUCGCUGCCUGCGCUCUUGCGUAUUAGUAACGUCGUUGACAUGCCAGGCCACUAAAAACCAAAAAAAAAAAAAAUUAAAAAAGUAAAAAGAGCUGAAAAUGCAAAAGUGCUGUGACAACCACAUAUAAAUGAAUAGUAGGAAAAAAGUUUAAUACAUUAAAAACAACUACCACAAACAAAGUCAACGUUUUCACCGUGCUGCAACAAAAAACACCACAAAUUUUUUACAUAUUUACAUUAAUGAGCUUGUAAAUAUUGGGACGCAUUGCCACGAAAAGUACAGUUGCGAUCUAACAAUAUCGCCAAUAUAUCCUCAAAAAGAAAGCUAUGGCCGAUUGUUCAUAUGUGAGAUGUCAGCAAGAGCGUCGGCUCAUCAAAAAGAAGCUAUUGAAAUGGUCCACGGAUAUGCUGCAUAUUGUGGCCCUAGAACGCGUUGCUGAAGAAUGUAUGGGUCGCAGGCAAUGGAAACAUUAUCAAGACAAACUGACGUGCAGCCACUUGAAUAUCGAGGAGCAACAGCCCAUAGCAAUAGCCGGUUCCGAGGACGAGCCAUCGCAAUACAACCACAGCAGCAAGGAGAUCAGCCAGAGCAAUCCCAACCACUGUAAGACAGAGAACCACCGUCUGGAGCAGCACCACAACGGCAGCCAGCUACUGGAAGAAGAUUCUGAGAACAACCAAACAUCACACGAUUCAUCACGUACACCAACACCGGGAGCCACCAGUACACCAUCACCACCGCCAGAACCCAUCGAUUGGAGACCGUCGGCCAAGUGCAACUUCUGUGUUAACGGUCGCCUGCUAACGGUUAACGCCCAGGGCAAGUUGGUGGCCGAGUCAGCAGCAACUGCCACUAGUAGUAGCACUAGUAAUAGCCACAUUCAUCAGCACGACAGUGACAGCAACUCGAGCGCAUCACUGCCCCACCACAUCAGCGGCAGCAGCAACAACAAUAGCAGUGGCAACAGGGCACGCCACAUUGCUGCUGCAAGUGCAAGAGCAACACCAGCAGCGGCCACACCCGCCAACUCCCUCGAACUCUACAAGCUGCUGACCCAGCGGGCAGCCAAAAUGACAUCGAUGGACUCGAUGGCCGCCCAGCUGGCGCAAUUCUCACUGCUGGCCGACUUCAAUCUGAUCAACUCGCUGGCCAGCCAACAGCACCAGCAGCAGCAGCAACAGCAACAGAUCGCUAGUGCGGUAACGCCAACUACCUCAGAAGUAUCUGCAGCCGCAAUCAGUCCCGCACUCAAAGAUACACCCAGUCCCAGUGCGGAUGCACCGCUCGAUCUUAGCAGCAAACCAUCGCCGAACUCAUCGAUUAGCGGCGAUGUGAAGUCCGUCAGAGCCUGUGCCACGCCCACAUCGUCGGGAAGAAGGGCGUACAGUGAAGAGGAUCUGAGCCGGGCCCUGCAGGAUGUGGUGGCCAACAAGCUGGAUGCCCGGAAAUCGGCUAGCCAGCACCAUGAGCAGCGCUCCAUUCUGGACAACCGGCUGUUCAAGAUGAAACACCAGGACCAGGAGCAGGAUCAUGAUGGCGACGAGCUCGAGGACUCCAACGAUGAUGCUGAGGCGGAAGUGGACAGCAAUGCGUCGACACCGGCGUAUCCCGCAGAGUUUGCAAGGGCUCAACUGCGCAAACUGAGCCACCUGUCCGAGCACAAUGGCAGCGAUCUGGGCGAGGAUCUGGAUCGUGGAUCACCGAAAAUGGGGCGACAUCCGGCCUGCGGCAAUGCCAGUGCCAAUCAGGGCGCUCCGCCAUCCAUUCCGCUGGAUGCUAAUGUCCUGCUGCACACUCUGAUGCUGGCAGCUGGCAUCGGAGCAAUGCCCAAGCUGGAUGAAACGCAAACGGUGGGCGACUUGAUCAAGGGUCUGCUGGUGGCCAACACUGGUGGCAUGAUGAACGAGGGACUGCUGAAUCUGCUGUCCGCCAGUCAGGAGAACAGCAAUGGCAAUGCCUCGCUGCUGCUGCAACAGCAGCAGCAUCAGCAACACCAUCAGCAGCAGCAGCAACAUGUCGCCGCCUACCGGCAUCGCCUGCCCAAGUCGGAGACUCCGGAAACGAACUCCUCUUUGGACCCGAACGAUGCCAGCGAGGAUCCCAUACUGAAGAUUCCGUCCUUCAAGGUCAGCGGUCCGGCCAGCAGCAGCAGCCUGUCGCCGAGCGGACUGGUUGGUGGUCACCACCAUACGCUGAACAACAACAACAGCCUCAGCAUCAGCAACAACAGCAACCACAGCAGCAACAGCCAUCGGAACGGCAGCAAUCGCAGCCCGCAUUCCGCAUCGCCCAUGCUGGCCGCGGCCGUGGCCCAAGGUGGCUACUCCGCCGGCAACAGUUUGCUGACCUCAUCCUCGUCCAGCAUACAGAAGAUGAUGGCCAGCAAUAUCCAGCGGCAGAUCAACGAGCAGAGCGGCCAGGAGAGUCUCAGGAACGGGAAUAUCAGCGAUUGCAGCAGCAACAAUGGCGGCUCCUCCUCGCUGGGAUACAAGAAGCCGAGCAUUUCGGUGGCCAAGAUCAUUGGCGGAACGGACACCUCACGGUUCGGAGCCUCGCCCAAUCUGCUGUCCCAACAGCACCAUCCGGCUCACCACCUGACCCACCAGCAACAGCAGCAGCAGCUGAGCGCCCAGGAGGCAUUGGGCAAGGGAACGCGACCAAAGAGGGGCAAGUAUCGCAACUACGACCGCGACAGUUUGGUGGAGGCGGUCAAGGCGGUGCAGAGAGGUGAAAUGUCGGUUCAUCGGGCGGGCAGCUACUACGGCGUACCGCAUUCCACACUGGAGUACAAGGUCAAGGAGCGUCACCUGAUGCGACCGCGCAAGCGGGAGCCCAAGCCGCAGCCCGAUCUCGUCGGCCUGACCGGACCAGCCAACAAGCUGCAGCUGGACAAACUGAAGGCGGGACCACAUGGUGGCUCCAAGCUGAGCAACGCCCUCAAGAACCAAAACAACCAGGCGGCUGCGGCGGCGGCGGCAGCAGCAGCAGCAGCGGCCGCUGCCACGCCCAACGGCCUGAAACUGCCCCUCUUCGAGGCGGGGCCACAGCAGUUGUCCUUUCAGCCGAACAUGUUCUGGCCCCAGACGAACGCCACGAAUGCCUACGGCCUGGACUUCAAUCGCAUCACGGAGGCGAUGCGGAAUCCCCAGGCCUCCAAUCACCACGGCCUGUUGAAGAGUCCCCAGGACAUGGUGGAGAACGUGUACGAUGGCAUCAUCAGGAAGACGCUGCUGGCGAGCGAGGGCAAUGGCAGUGCGGCGGGUAAUGGCAGCAACGGUAGCAAUGGCAACGGGCAUGGGCACGGGCAUGGCCAUGGACACGCCCUGCUCGAUCAGCUGCUGGUGAAGAAGACCCCCUUGCCGUUCACCAACCAUCGGAACAAUGACUACGCCGCCACCAGCGGGGAGAGCGUGAAGCGGUCGGGCAGUCCCAUGGGCAACUAUGCGGACAUCAAGCGGGAGCGCCUGAGCGCCGACAGCGGCGGCAGCAGCGAUGAGGAGCACUCGGCCAGCCACAUCAAUAACAACAACAGCGACUUGGCGCACAACAAGAACAAGAGCGGCGGCGGCGGCGGCAAUGGUCAGACCAAUGGGAACGGCAGGACCAGCCGGAUGACGUCGCGGGAUGACUCCGAAACGGAUGCCAGCAGCUUGAAGAGCGGCGAAAGUGGCGGCCAGCAAAACCACAAAAUGAUGGAUCUCAAUGGCGGCAGCAGCAGCAGCAGUCACAUCAAGUGCGAAUCGGAGGCGGCCACCGGACACCACAGUCCUGGACACCACACCACAUCCAUACUGCACGAGAAGCUGGCCCAGAUCAAGGCCGAGCAGGUGGACCAGGCGGAGCAGGCGGAUCAGUUAUAGGAGCAGCCGAUGGCCGCGAAUCCAGCGUUCGCCUGGCCACCGCUGGCCGCCCACUACUACAGCUUCUAGGCGGAGGGAAGGGGGAACACCAAAUUAAGCCACGUUUUUUGAUAGUACCAUACAAAUCACUAUAUAGAAUUAUAUAUAUAUAUACAUAUAUAAUAAUUUAUGC